GAUAUUUUGGGUGCCAAUUUGCCCAAGAUUCUGGCUAGUGCUCUCCUGCAAUAAUUUCACCUUUUUAUGGGGACCAUACAGCAAUAUGAAAAUUCAAAACAAACUCCCGUGUUUACACAGAUAUUUAUUUGCAUGAGAUCUACCUGCCAACUUUGAGUUCAAACUGCGUUUUGUGAGUUCCGAGUUCCAACACGGCUUCACUCGCUCCUUUCUCCAGCCCAUUUCCCACUAUACGUAACUCAUUCUCGGCUUCAGAAAUCUGAGGGGGCGAAGAAGAUGAAAGCAGGUGUGGUGGUGGAAGAAGCGUUCAUCUACGACCAAGAAAUCCAUCUCACCGUUCGCAAAACCUCUCUUUUCUUCGCCGACGAUGGCUUCACUGCCUACGAUUCCAAGGGCGAGCUCGUCUUCCGAGUCGAUUCGUACGGACCCGACCAUGCUCGAGACAAGUCUGAACUUGUCCUCAUGACCGCCUCCGGCCGCUGCCUCCUCACCGUCCGCCGAAAGAGGCCGAGUCUUCAUCGACGGUGGGAGGGGUUCCUGGGAGAGAGAGCCGAGGGUCAGAAACCCAUUUUCAGCGUUAGGAGAUCGUCGAUAAUUGGACGGUCGGGUGUGACGGUAGAGGUGUUCGGCGAUGCAGGCGAGGAGUACCUGAUCAACGGGUCGUUCACGGAGCGGUGCUGCACCGUCUUCAACGCCGCGAAGGAACCAGUGGCUGAGAUUCGACGCAAAGUGGAUUCGUCGGCCAAUGUCGUGCUUGGAAAAGACGUUUUCUCGUUGGGCCUUAAGCCCGGAUUUGACGGGGCCUUUGCAAUGGGCCUGGUGCUGGUUCUGGAUCAGAUCAGCGCGGAGGAUUACGCUGCUGGGCCUGAGAGCGGGGGUGAAGUGGACCCUACCCCCGACAAUCAUCCGUGAUCUCUUUUUUGUUGUUUUUUGAGUUUUUUUCUUUUCUUUCUUUCUUUAGAAUUUGAUGGGGGCCUUGCCUCCAUUCUUGAUCUUUCUUGUAUUUUUCUUUAUAUAUAAAUAAUGAUUCAUGAUUGAUAAGGAAGUUGUGAAUUGUAAUAUAAAAAAUAUUUGUAAGGUAAAUUUAUUAAUUAAUUAUAAGAUGACAUGGGGUUUACAUGACUAAAA